AUGCCAUCAGCUACUCGUACCAGCGCUGAUAUGACCAAGCCCAUCCCAUUGCGCGCAAAGCUCGCCCGGCGCUUCUACGAGCCCAUCCUCCUCGAGGUAGCUCUGAAGAAGAUCCGACCGCAGCAGGACUUUUCCGCCACGCAGCACGAGCCAAAUACCAUGAGAGAUAGCGUCGACAGCGCGGAACAGACUUUUAAGUGCUUUGUCAACCGGCUUGCUCAAGUUUGCGACAACAAACGUGGCGAGAACGGAUCUACAGUUUCCGGCAUUGCGGUGCUGGAAGAACCCGAGGGUGUUCACUAUAUUAUAGGGUUCAAUAACCGAAAAGCAUCAAAGUUGCCCGAUGUCAAACUGUUUGUGGAGCAGCUACUCGGAAUUGUAGCAAAAUCUACAGGGCAACCUGCGAGUAACGGAUCUCAGGUACACAGAGAAGCGCUGUGGCAUAUCCUCAAAUUCGACGGAAAUCGCGUCAGAUUUUAUCUUACCAAUACUAUUGCGUAUUUGGAAGAAUGCAUUCUGGACUAUGAUAGACGACAUGGCAAAAGCUCGUUGUCAUCGGAUGCCUCAAGGUUUAGAGCUCAGCUUUCUGAACUGACAAAAUUGGUCAAGUUCGGAGACGAUAAACGGCUCGAGGAUACGCAAUACUUUCCUGCUUGUGAAAAACUCUUCUUAUUCCUUCACGAGGCUCAACGUCGGAAAUUCGGAGACUCGAUUUCAGAGCAAGCAAGAGAAGGCCAGAUGGACAGCUCCAAGCAGUGGUUGGAGCUUCGCCACUUCGUUGGUCGCCUACACUCAUAUUACCUCGCUGUCGAAACAAUAAUUCGCGCGAGCCGGCUCUGGGACCGACUAUUCCACGAUAUUAAAGUGACAGUAAUUCCAUCGGCUCCGAUGAUCCCGCAUCCAUUAAACAAAAAGCGAUCAAACGCAUCCGAGAUAGUGGGAAGAAUGAGUUCUUCCGCAGAAAUAAUAGAGAGGCACCGGUCCAUGGCCGAACAGCUGCAAGAUCUCGACUUGGACGCAAAUAUUUUGAAGGAGUGCAAUUCUGCUUCCCAUACGCACAUGGUUCAUGCUGAAGUUCUUGUCCUGGACUACGUACUGAAUCACCUGCGUGACAAUGUCGAUGUCGGAUUCUGGCACAGCUGGAGAUAUGUUGGGAGUAGCAAGCCGACCUGUCGCCUUUGCAAUUACUAUUUCGAAGAACAUCCAGAGAAAGUGCAAGUUCGCGAGUCACACGGCAACCUCUAUCCUCAUUGGCGAGUGCCUGAUGUUUAUAACAACAAGGCGAUGGAUGAGACAGAAAGGUUGCUAAACGCAAUGAACAAGAAAAUCCGAGCAGAUGCGGCACGAUCGCUCGAAACUCAAGUGUUGCAAGGUAGAAAACACGACUCCAACUCGUUCUCCGCACAACCGUGGCGAAGGGAUCAGAAGACUGACCCCAGUGACCUUACUUCGAGAAUGGGAAGCUUGUCAAUAGCAAGUGUGUCAAUUCCCAAUACCAUCGAAGAAGAGGACAAACGAAGCACUUUUGGAGAACCAGACGAUCAAGAAGGGGAAGAAGGAGUAAUUGUGUUCCGCGGACGUAAGACGCGCCCGUCUCGAAGUUGA